CCCACCUCUUUCCCUCCUUCACCACCAUGUUCGGCCGGAUAACGUUCGCGUUCCUCGUCCUCACCUUUGCCGCGUUCUUCUGCGCGCAGUCCGUUGAGGCGGAGCGCGGCCCGAAGAUCACGAACAUUGUCUACUUCGACAUUAAGCAUGGCGACAAGGACUUGGGCCGUAUCAAGAUGGGUCUGUUUGGUGGUACCGUCCCGAAGACCGUCGAGAACUUCCGUGCGCUGGCCACCGGAAAGACGAAGGAUGGCGAGGAGCUUGGCUAUGGCUACAAGGGCUCGGCCUUCCACCGUGUCAUCAAGGACUUCAUGAUUCAGGGUGGUGACUUCACCAAGGGUGACGGUACCGGCGGCAAGUCCAUCUACGGCAACAAAUUCGAGGACGAGAACUUUAAGCUCCGUCACACUGGCCCGGGUAUCCUCUCCAUGGCGAACGCUGGCAAGAACACGAACGGCUCCCAGUUCUUCAUCUGCACUGUCAAGACCUCUUGGUUGGACGGCCGUCACGUCGUCUUCGGCAAGGUCAUUGAGGGCAUGGACAUUGUCGACGCUAUCCAGAACGUCCCGAAGGGCCCGCGCGACAAGCCUCUCGAGGACGUUGUCAUUGUCGAGUCUGGCGAGCUCCCCUUGGAAUUGGAGGUCGACGCCGACGGCAACGAGGUACCUCUCCACGCUGAGCUUUAGGUUAUUGGGCUAAAUAGUGACCUCGAAUACAAUUGGGUUUUCCGCUACAGAA